UUAAAAAGGAAAAAAAUAAGAAAAAGAACAGAAACAAAAUUUGUGUUUCUUUCUAGGCCGGUUCUCUAUUUCCCUGGAAGGUCUCUACUUCCUUACACGGAAAGCCGCACUGACACUCCUGGUACAUCACAUUAUUCCUUUCCAUCUCCUGUGAGCACACUGGCGAACUGACAUUCAUCUUUUAUUGGGAGCUUUAUGACUUAUGUUGGGGGUUUUCUGGUGUUGGUGCCCAUUGAAAUCAUUACAUUUUCUCCUCAACGUCCAUUUGUCCCUCAUGUCUCUCACUGGACUUUGUUCCUCUCACUACACUCAGAGUUGAUUCUCUUUUUCUGCUCAGAAGUGUUCAGGUGAGGUUAUUAUUUAUGAAGUUUGUAGCUAUCUUGGUUUGAAAGUGCCCCCUAGACAAACCAGCUCCCAGUGAUUGGCUUCUAAGUGUGUACUUGGUUUGCGUUUGUUUCAUUGGGGAUUCUGGGGCACCCAGAGUACAGUGACCACUAUGUUGUGUACUAACCGUGUUAUCUGUAAUGUACUGAUGGCCAGAUAUUAAAACAGGGACUGCUGCAUGUGCCUGUGUACCAUUUACUUUUUUCUUCUUUUUUUUUAUCAUGGCAUUUGAAAAGCUUACUGUCUGUUUGGGAAAGGAAAAAAAAGACCUCCUGCUGGGACUGCUUUAGCUGGAGAAGAGCUACGAAGGACAUAAGCUUGUGAUUUUCCGCUUCAGACUCUUAAGCCAGUGACUUGGCAUCAAGUAGGAAAGCCGAGGCCCUGUUACUGCAGUUGGUAAUUUUCAGCAUCGGCCUUUUCCCAGAAGAGAGUAUCGAGAGGAGAAGACAGCUGUGUGCUCUCUUGUCUUCUCUGCUAGACUAGUCAGGUAGGCAUACACAGAGCCUACCCGUGGAACCUCUAGGGGUGCAGGGACCCCAGAAUAAAACCGCCAGAAGCUUGUGCCCGUUGACUCCAGGGAAGGAGUGUGCAGUAGCCUGGAAAACUGGGAACCAGUUCCCAGCAUAAAUGUCUCCAGCCGGCUGGCGAGUGAUUGAGAAUCAGUCCUUUCUCAAGUUUGUCACAAGAUUAUCUCAUUUAUAGGAACACAAACACCUCCCUGCCUCCAUAUGCUACUCUCUGGUACUGGUUUAUCCAGAUAGAAAGCUUAGUGGUAAAGACUUAUUAGCUGGAAUUAAAGAAAUCCCAUCAAAACUGCAUUCGGUGGGAUUUGGCCCAAUUAUAAUUUGCUAUAUUGGGUAUGGUGAAUGUUCUAAAAUACAGAAGGAUAUUGCUGGCUGAAGUCCUUAGUGCUCCCAGAAUCAGUCUUAACAACUGAAGGGUUUAUGCUGAUUUUAUGGAUCAUAGAGACUAAGACGCUUGUAAUAACUCCCAGCUGUUUAUGAGUGGUCUGCCCUGUCAGAGAUUGUUAUUUUCAGGUCCUAGUAUUACCUGCUCUUCUUUCUUGCCAGACCUCCGAUCCCUCUCUCUCCCUCUCCUGUCUCUGUGUUGCUACAGUUUAGAAGACCAAAGUGGACAGUGGACUUUUGCUCACUAUGAUGACCUCCACUUGUCUGCCCCCCGGGGCUGAGACACCCAGCCUGUCCCCAAGCUGAAGCUGCAGGGUCCUGAGGUACCAGCUAGAUGUCUUCUCACAAAGGACCGGUGGUGGCACAGGGCAAUGGGGCUCCUGCCAGUAACAGGGAGACUGACACGGUGGAGCUGGCGGAACUGGGACCCCUGCUGGAAGAGAAGGGCAAACGCGGGAUCGCUGACCCGGCCAAAGUAAGUUGCUGAAAAGAGCAAGCAUGCCCAGUGCCCCAGGAGGAGGAGGAGGAGGUGAGGGUCCUGACACUUCCCCUGCAAGCACACCAUGCCAUGGAGAAGAUGGAGGAGUUCGUGUAUAAGGUCUGGGAGGGACGCUGGAGGGUCAUCCCGUACGAUGUGCUCCCUGACUGGCUGAAAGACAACGAUUACCUGCUCCACGGCCACAGGCCGCCCAUGCCCUCCUUCCGGGCUUGCUUCCGGAGCAUCUUCCGCAUCCACACAGAGACCGGCAAUAUCUGGACCCAUCUGCUUGGUUUUGUGCUGUUUCUGUUCCUGGGAAUCUUGACCAUGCUGAGACCAAACAUGUACUUCAUGGCGCCCCUGCAGGAGAAGGUGGUGUUCGGCAUGUUCUUCCUGGGCGCAGUGCUCUGCCUCAGCUUCUCCUGGCUCUUUCACACCGUCUACUGUCACUCAGAGAAAGUCUCUCGGACUUUUUCCAAACUGGACUAUUCAGGGAUUGCCCUGCUGAUUAUGGGGAGCUUUGUCCCAUGGCUCUAUUACUCCUUCUACUGCUCCCCACAGCCACGGCUCAUCUACCUCUCCAUCAUCUGUGUCCUGGGCAUUUCCGCCAUCAUUGUGGCACAGUGGGACCGGUUUGCCACUCCUAAGCACCGGCAGACAAGAGCAGGGGUGUUCCUGGGCCUGGGUCUGAGCGGCGUCGUGCCCACCAUGCACUUUACCAUCGCCGAGGGCUUCGUCAAGGCCACCACCGUGGGUCAGAUGGGCUGGUUCUUCCUCAUGGCUGUGAUGUACAUCACCGGGGCUGGCCUCUAUGCGGCUCGAAUUCCUGAGCGCUUCUUUCCUGGAAAGUUUGACAUAUGGUUCCAGUCGCAUCAGAUUUUUCAUGUCCUGGUGGUGGCAGCAGCCUUCGUCCACUUCUAUGGGGUCUCCAACCUUCAGGAAUUCCGCUACGGCUUGGAAGGCGGCUGUACCGAUGACUCUCUUCUCUGAGCCUCCCACUCAAGGCUGGAGGGGAACUUCCCAAGUGCUUUCAAAAAUAACUUCCUUGCUGAAGUGAAAGGAAGCGUCUGAGUUGUCUGUUUCUAGAAGAAACCUCUUAGAGAAUUCAGUGCCAGCCAGGCUUCCGCCCGCCUUCCCGCCUCAGGGCGGGGGAUAAGCUUUCCAUGUCCCUCGCUGAGGAGGGGUGAUCCACUGUCCACGCCCCUCCUCAGCAAGGCAGCUCUGUCCCCUUGGCACAGAGCGUUCUGAAGCUCAUGUUGAGAUUUUAUCCCUCCUCCAACCAUUUUGGGAAAAAAUGAUGGACUGGGACUCUUCAGAAAUUCUAUUUCUGGAAGAAAAUGUCCCUCCCUUACCCCUGUCCUUACUUUGUAACCUGGCUUGGAACAGGCCAUCCAUUUUGUAGCACACUUUUCCAAAACGAUCGUAGCCGGUCCCGUCUCGGGCCUGGAUCUGACGACAGCAGGAAGAAGGCACCAACUUUGAGGCAGCAGCUAAUCAUGGAAGUGUGUCCAGGCUUCAGAUAACUUGAGUUUUAAUUUUUUUCUUGGCAGAGUAAUGUAAAAUUAAAAUGGGGAGAGAUAUUUAAUAUUUAAUACUAAGCUUUAAAAAGAAAUUUGCUAUCAUUGCUGUGUAUCCUGAUGCAAAGGCUAUGAUGAUAAUAAAAGGAAGUGCAGAAGACAAUUAGCAUCCAAAUAUUUAACAUGUGUGGUCUCGACUAUUUGCACAUAACUCCAAAGUGUUAAAACCAGGAAAGUAACCUCGGAUUCUGCAGAAGCACAAAUCUGAAUCGGGGUUGACAGGCUGGCGUGUGCGAGCCAUUGAAUAAGCCCAACUGAUUUCCGAGCAUCAGCUCCUAUGUCCAGCCUUACUUUUCUCUACUUAUUGCACAGACUUUUACUAGAGAAGUUAUUCUGUAGUAUUUAAUGAUUCAAUGGUUCUCAGGGGUAUUGGGGUGUAUCCCUGUGACUGUCAAAGGUCUACUGUACAUUACUCUAGGCUUCAGUUCUCUUAAGGUUGUCUCAUCAGAGGUCACUCUCUGCCUUUGGAACCGUACUCGACCCGAGAUGAGUUGUGCUUGUCUGUGUGGCCUGCAGCCGUCAUUUCCGAGCGAAGGUCGGCAGUUAGAAGGCAGUUUUCUCAGGUUACAAACACGCAUUUGCUCAAUUUAUACAGUUGGGAGGAUAAGUUACCUUUUAAACAAUAAUCCAACUAGGCUGACAAACAGGAAACUUUCUCAACCUCGUGGUAAUCAGGGAAAUGUAAAUUAAAACCAAAGCGAUAGCCAUUUCACUACCACCAGAUUGGCGCACAUCAAAAACCCUAAUAUUGCGUUUGUGUAGAUGUGAGCAGACCAGGAACUACGUUGGUAGGACCGGUUUUGUCGAGGGGUAGAGGAUAGGGAUAUGUGUUGCAACAUGCAAACACUGCGUGAAACCCACCUUACAAUAUGAGAUGUAUCUAAAAUUCAUCCUAAAUUAAUUCAUUUCAAAAAUGUUGGUUCUGGCACUGGCCAGGUAGCUUUGUUGGUUAGAGCAUCGUCCUGAUAUGCCAAGGUUGCAGGUUUGGUCCCCAGUCAGGGCAUAUCCCACAGUUUGAAAACCACUGCCCUUGAGAGGUAUCAGAUUCAUUACAGCUUCGGCUGGUGUGGCUUAGUGGGCAUCGUCUAGUGCACCGAAAGUUUGCCGCUUCGAUUCCCAGUCAGGGCCCAUGCCUGGGUUGCGGGCUCCAUCCCUGGUGAGGACCGUGCAGGAAACAGCGCAUUGAAGUUCAGCUUCACAUCUCACAUCAAUCUUUCUCCUCCCCCACCGUCUUUCUAAAAUUCAAUAAAAAUAUUUUUU